AGCCCUACCUUCACCAUGCCUUACAACUGCUGCCUGCCCAACAUGAGCUGCCACUCCAGCUGCUCCUCCAGGCCCUGCAUUCCCCCCAGCUGCCAUGGCUGCACCCUGCCCGGAGCCUGCAACAUCCCUGCCAACAUCGGCAGCUGUGGCUGGUUCUGCGAGGGCUCGUUCAACAGCAGCGAGAAGGAGACCAUGCAGUUCCUGAAUGACCGCCUGGCCAGCUACCUGGAGAAGGUGCGGCAGCUGGAGUGUGAGAACGCUGAGCUGGAGCGCCGCAUUCAGGAAUGGUGCCAGCAGCAGGUGCCCUACGUGUGCCCCAACUACCAGUCCUACUUCCGCACCAUCGAGGAGCUGCAGCAGAAGAUUCUGUGUGCCAAGUCAGAGAACACCAGGCUGGUGGUGCAGAUUGACAAUGCCAAGCUGGCCUCUGAUGACUUCAGGACCAAGUAUGAGAUGGAGCGCUGUUCGCGCCAGCUGGUAGAGUCAGACAUCAACAGCCUGCGCCGCAUCCUGGACGAGCUGACCCUGUGCAAGUCUGACCUGGAGGCCCAGGUGGAGUCCCUGAAGGAGGAGUUGCUGUGCCUUAAGAAGAACCAUGAGGAGGAAGUCAACACGCUGCGCUGCCAGAUUGGAGACCGCCUCAACAUCGAGGUGGACGCUGCCCCCACUGUGGACCUGAACCGUGUGCUCAAUGAGACCCGUUGCCAGUAUGAGGCCCUGGUGGAGACCAACCGCAGGGAUGUGGAGGAGUGGUUCACCACCCAGUCUGAGGAGCUGAACAAGCAGGUGGUGUCCAGCUCAGAGCAGCUGCAGACGUGCCAGGCAGAGAUCAUCGAGCUGAGACGCACGGUCAAUGCCCUGGAGAUUGAGCUGCAGGCCCAGCACAACCUGAGGGACUCCCUGGAGAACACGCUGACCGAGACGGAGGCCCGCUACAGCUCGCAGCUGGGCCAGGUUCAGUGCAUGAUCACCAACGUGGAGUCACAGCUGGCUGAGAUCCGCAGUGACCUGGAGCGACAGAACCAGGAGUACCAGGUGCUGCUGGACGUGCGGGCCCGUCUGGAGUGUGAGAUCAAUACAUACCGGUGCCUGCUGGAGGGCGAGGACUGCAAGCUCCCUUGCAACCCCUGUGCCACCACCAACGCUAGUGGCAGCUGCUGUGGGCCCUGUGGUGGCUGUCAAAAGCGUUGUUAAUUUGAAGACUGGCAUCCUCUUUGAAGAAGUUCAUGAAGCUGUUUACGGCAAGCGCAGGAGAAGUCCCAGGUCCCACCUUUGCUGGAACUUGUUUCUCACUUAGAAGUAGAGUCAGGCCAA